UCUUCCUUUUUUUGUAGUUUCAAGAAAUGAGGAAUCCUAAUUCACUCAAGCAAGAAUUUCUCAAGAAAUGGAUAAAAGGUCUUCAAAUAUGUAGUGCUACAAAGAAAAAGAUGAGUAUAAUGGAAAGAAAAAAAGCUAUAAAAUUAUCAGCAGAUAUAGCAAUGGCUUCAACAAGAAAAUCAACAAUUUAUUGGAGCCAUGCCCUCAUGAAAAAUGCUUCAAAAGAUGACACAAACAAAAUCAUCAUAAAAAAUAUUCUUGGAUCAAAUGAUGAUAAUAAUAAUAAUUUCAAUAAAGCUUCAAUGGGAAUUUAUAAUUCUAUGUCUCAAAAUGGAAUUAUUAGAAGCAAGAAGAUUAUUAAAAAGAGUUGCAAAAUUUCAAGAAGAGCAAGAAAAAAUAUUUCUCCAAGUAUUAUUGCAAAAAAAAUGGUGGAAAAAAGAACAAAAGUUCUUAAAAGUCUUGUUCCUGGUGGAGAAUAUAUGGAUGAUGCUUCAUUAAUUAAAGAAACCCUAGAUUAUAUUAUUUCAUUAAGAGUUCAAGUUGAUGUUAUGAGGCAUCUAGCUAAUAAUGCUAGUUGUGAGAUUAAUGAUCCUAAAACAAAUUUGUAGUUUUAUUUUUU